UCAACAUAAACAUGUCUCAAACUCACUUAAAUGUAUAAAGCCAGAACAUAUUUGAUCAAGUUCAUAAAGAUGUUGAGCUACGCGAUUGCACCAUUGUUUCAAAUGUCCCACUUCAACUUCCGGGCUCAAGUUUUAUUUCGAUUGACCAUACCAACACAGACCUGCAGCUCUCUAAAUUUGCUGAUUUUAUCCACCAAACCACUUGGUGCCUGGUGGCCAUAAUUUAUGUGGGGACAAAUGGCAAUUUUCCGAUUGGAAAUAUUCAAACCCUUAUUGAACGGAAUGUUCAUUCAAAUGCCUUCUUCAUUGGAAAUGCAUCAAAGCUGAACUUUGGAACGUGGAACAGGCCUGCUAUAGUCAUGGAUAAACAUUCCAUAGCGAAUUCGGGUUACGUGAGUCUUUUAGUCUUCAUGUUAGUACUCUCAUCAAACGAAUGGCAAAAUCUGCAAUUCAAUUCGUACUCCAAAUGAGUUUUGAAUGCAAUUUAUAUUAAGCAUGUUUACAAUCUCUUUUUAUUGAAGCACGUCCACAAUUUUUGUGGUCGAUUGGAGUUGAGUUAUUGGCUUUUUAAUGAAAACCAUUGGACCACAGAGGUAGGAUUCACUCUCCCCUUUGGUUUCCGAGGAGAGGCGUGUGCGCAUCUCUUAUUCAAUCAAACCUUCAAAGUGGCGCAAUAUGGGUUACUACCCAAUGUAUUUCCAGACAAGAGCGAUAGUUCCGUGACAGGCACCGAUGUCGAGGCACUGAAACUUUUAGCCGAGAAAUACAAAAUGCAUUUGGAAUUUCAUUUUGGAAAAGCGGACACAGCAGCUACCACAGCUGAUCCCAAUGCAACUCAUCCUCUGGCCAAGGAGUACCAAGGAAAAUUUCAAGGUGUCGUUCCCGGUUUGCAAUUUUAUAACAAUAGUGUGUUUUUUGAUCUUUCGUACUAUCUUCUGUUCUCACAAUUGCGAUAUGUAACCCGAGUACCUCAAAAAACGGUAGCUUUUGGAAAUGUGGCUCGUGGAUUCGACCAGUUGGGCUGGUUAGCGGUUUUCAUCACUUUGGGCUGCUUUGCCCUUACAUUUGAGCUCAUUUUUUAUUUAUACAAGUUCAAGAUCAAAGACAAGUCGUUAUACAACAACCCCGGGAACCCUGUCGAUUUUUUCCUGCUAACUUUCACCACAUUUGUGGAACCUGAUAAGAUCAAUUGGUUUCCAACUUGGUCUGUAGGAAAACUGAUGACCCUGCUUUGGUCAGUCUUUGCCCUCCUCGUGGUGAGCUUCUACACCUCCAAUCUUCGAACGAACUUGAUUGCACCCAACUUAGAGCCAGAGAUCAACAGUCACGAGGACGUCCUUAAAUAUGACAUGACUGUUCAUGCCGAUCACCUUCUGUCAUUCCUUCUACAACUCACAGUUUCGCCCGCUUUUGACGAGAUUCUUCGUCGAAUGAAAGACCAAGACAAAUGGUAUCAUCCAAUUGAGUCACAGUUGCUUGAAGCCCAUGUCAAGAAGGCUGUCUUAGAGGAUGGGGAAGUGUAUUUGGCCACCGCGGAAAACAUUCUCUACUCGUACCUGUUGCAGGACACCUUGGGAUUUCCCCAUCUUAGGAUAUCGGACGACAGCUUGGUCAACUUUUACAUGUGUCUUCGGCUGACCAAGUUCUCUCCUUACACUCCGGACAUCAAUAAGCUGUUCAUUAUCAAUCACGAAUUUGGUUUACAUAAAAGGUUCUUGAAUAUGCCUAUCCCUACUAAAGGUCUGCCUUCAACUGGGUCCACCGCCCAAUAUGAAUCAUCGGACAACUUGAGGAUGACCCUAGAAAUGUUAUGGACCUCAGUUUUUCUCUUGAUAUCUGGGUCCGUCAUUGGUGGUAUAAUUUUCAUCAUUGAGAUUAUGAUGGCCAGGUCAUGGAGAAAGGUGGAUCGCUUCUCGCAACGAAUUUCAUAAAUGUUCUGUUCGAUGUUGCAACAUAAUUUCAGUGAAUCGGUUCAAGCUCUCCAAAUCUAUAAUGGUACUAAUGUUAACAAUAAAUUACAAUUUUUGGCUUAUUUGGUCCACUUUCGUUUUUAAAAUCUAGUAAGAGAAAAUACAGUCAUAUUUUGAACCUCGUUGAAAUUAGACGCGUUGUACUUUGCUCUUGUAUUUCCAUUUGUGAAGACUUUAAGCCUUUGUAGCUUUUUGGGU